AUGAAGUUCACUCUGGUUACUGUUCUUGCUGCUCUUGCCUCUACAGUUCUUGCUCAAGGUACCUCUACGACUCCCACAGCCGCCGCUAAUGCUGGUGUUGCUGUUAAUUUGCCCUCACUUGGACAAGUACUCAAUGCUGGUACAACCUUCAAAAUCACUUGGACUGUUGACUCUACCACCGCUAACCCUUCUAAUACAAUCGAUUCAAUUGCCUUGAUGAAGGGCGGUUCUGCUAACUUGGAAACAGCUAUUGUUAACAUCCUUUCUGCACCUAUUCCCAUCAAUCCUCCCUCUUAUGAUUGGAACAUUCCUACUAAUAUCGAAACUAACCCUUCAUAUGUACUUGCUUUGAGGGGUAACAAUGGUGCCACUACUUACUCUACUUACUUUACAAUCAUGGGUGCGGCCGCAGGUACUACCAAUGCUAAUGCUACUACUUCAUCAUCUGUUAGCGCUGCGGCUACUUCGCCUACCGGAACUACCACUACAGCUACCAAUGCUGGUUCCAAGGCUAAUGAUUCUACUAAUGCUUCUGCUUCUGCCUCCGCUGCCCCUUCUCCAUCAAAUGAAAGUGCUGGCUCCAAGACUGCCCAAGUUACAAUUGCUGGUGUUGCUGGUGUUGCUGGUAUCCUUGCUCUUAUGCUCUGA